AGACCAAAACACAUCAUCAAGAUUGUGACAUGUUUCGAUUUGUUGACAACUUUCGGAUGCUAUUUUAACUUCAUUGCGAUCAAAAUCAACUUCAUUUAGACAUUCUAGAAGUUCAAGACCACAGUUUGAGAUCAUCAUCAAGUGAAGCAUAUCAAGAGAUGUCUUCUUUAGACACUGUUGAUGUCAACCCAGAAACGUCUGAAGUAAAGUUUGAGAAGUCAAACUUUGCUCAAGUUGUUUUUCACGGGGUUUCUGAGACUUAUCCAAUAGAUGCUCAUGUCGUGUGCAAAUACACCAUUCAGCCAUCGCUGAAGCCAACGACGAGUGACUGGAUUGGUCUAUACAAAGUAGGCUGGAAGUCAACACGGGAUUAUUCAUACUUUCAUUGGGUUGUCAUCGCGAACAAUCCAAAUAGUUCAAGAGAGAUUGAUGGAAAUGUUUUAUUCCAAGCCCACUGUCUACCAAAAGAUGAUGGCGAGUUCUACCAGUUCUGCUACGUCACAAGUGGUGGAAACGUGCGUGGUGCGAGCACGCCAUUCCAGUUCAAAAAGCCUGGUGCAGAUGACUUUGUGACAAUAGAAGAUGAUGAGACAGACAUGCUUGUUGUGACGUCACGGACUAUCGCUCUGGAGAAUGAUCUAACGCAUGCAUUGGCGAAGAAAGAGGAAUUGGAGAAGGCCAGCCAAGUAUUGGAGACAAGACAAGAGGAUCUCCUUCUGAAGCUGACCGAAAUGUCAAAACAGUUGUGUUCAGAGAAGGAGACCGGUGAGAGUCUUCGCAAGGAAACUAAAGCGCUAACAGAGAAGAUAGAAAUCAUGUCGUCAGAGGCAAAAGAUAUGGUGCAGUCACAGGAUUCCCUCCGAGAGAAAAUCAAGUUCAUUUCAAAGGAGAAGGAUGAAAUCCUAAAGCGUCUUGAGGAGAAUGAGAUCUACAUCAAAGCUCUACAAGAUAAAAUCAAAUGUUUGUUAAGUGAGAAAGAUUCACUGACCGGCCGCCAGAAGAUGCUGGAGGAAGAGAAGGAAUUGUACAAGAGUCAUUUCACAUCGUCUGAGGGAACCAUCCACAGUUACAUGAAGGAAAUCGACAACCUGAAACAGACCGUCAAAGAGCAAGACGAGGGAAAGAUAAAACAAGACCAGAAGAUCUCUCAGCUGGAGACGCAGCUUGAUGCAGAGAAGAGGAAGAUGACGCGUCAGUUGUGUGUGGCAGACACCGAAAAGGAACACAUGCAACACUUGAAUGAGAAAUUGAAGAAUUCGGAGGACAAGCUGUGUGCAGUAGAACACUGCAAGAAGAUGUUGAAUGAAGAGGUGUUGGCGGUGAGAGCAGCUCAUGAUAAGAUGGCGCAGACACUCGAGAGAGCACGCUCCGAGGCACACAACUUGAAAUCGCAGGUUGCUCGUCUAGAAGAGGACAGCAAGACGGAGACUACGACACUCAAGAGUGAGAUCGUCAAACUGCAAAAGGAGAACGACAUCCUUGUUGCUAAGUUAGCAAGUCUACAGGAGAAAGUUUCAGAACUUGAAGAAAAGUGUCAAGAGGCUGAAAUGCUGCACACAGAGGAGGAAAAUGGCGCCUUGUACGCCCUGAAGACUGCCCAGCUACAUCUGGAGAAGAAGCUUGCGCGGGGUAAGAAGCAGACUGACGAUCUGCGUGGACAGAUGGAGGAGUCAAUUAAGACACAACGGCUACAACAACAGGUUGAACACGACCUCCGACGGGAGAUUGCCGAUCUGAAAGAGCGGCUGUCGAUGGGUGCGGAGGAGUACCGGACGAAGUAUGUGGAGUGUCGCCGACUUCAACACGAGCUGAAGAAGAUGAGGAAACAUUCCUCCAAGACGCCACCCUCCACUCCAGAGCAUCCCAGUAUGAUAGAGAAGGAGUUUGUUCAGACAUCGGCAAAUUCAUCCCCAGAACGAACGAGAAGAGAGAGCUGCACGCAGGUCGAUCUUGAAACAGUAGAUUUCGAGCUGCAGGCCCAACUUGACGACCUUGGUAAAGACUUUGAAGCCUGUCUGGCAAGGAAACAGCGCUACAAGCACAUGUUACAGGAGCAGAAAGAGAAGCGAGAUGCUCUCACCAAACAACAUGGUGAAGAGAUCAAGAAGUGCAAAGACCAGUUGGAGGUCUCCCAGAAACAGAUGGUCGACUUGAAGUCGGACUAUGACAGGAGGGUCCACACACUCGAAGAGACCAUCGAGAAGCAGAGAACAGAGAUCGGUAAACUAAAGUCAGAGAAGAGGAAAGGAGAAAGCGAGGCUAUUCAAAUACAGCCCAAACCAGAAUUCUCUCGGCUGGAGCACAUCUACCCGAAUCCGUACAUCACAAACGUUGGACCAGUUGCUGCCUCUCCCAUGCCUAUCUACGUCUACGGGAACCCAUACGCCCAUCUUAUGAAGACAGAUCAGACUCUGCCUGAGGCCCCAGCACCUGGCAAACUGCCGUAUCCAAACUUUGGCCAGACAGGGGCGAGUGGAAGCUGUGAGUCGCUCGAGAGACUCCCACUGGAUGAAGAAGUGGAAACCGUGACUCGGCUUGAUACGCCUCUGAAGCCUUUACCACCCCCAAUGACACCCGAGGUCCUACCAUCGGCAAAGCUUGCAGCAAUUCGAGCUGCCACAGCUACACCACAGCAACAUGACGAGGACGGCGCACCACUCCAUGCCUUGCUGGAGGAACCUGAAGGAGAUGAAGACAGAUUCCAAGACGCCGCUGGUGACCCCCAGAAAAUCUGCCCCGUCUGUUUCACGACGUUUGCAUCAGACCACCCACAAGCGAUCUUCGAAGAUCAUGUUCAGUCGCAUUAUGGCCCAGUCUGCCCAGUUUGUAAUAAGCAGUACGACUUAGAUUACCCGAUGAGCAAGUUUGAGGAGCAUGUGCAGACCCAUUUUGAAACCAUGUAAUUUAAGUAGAAGACUAUUGACGCUCUAUUCUCAAGACGAUUGCUCGUAAAAGUUAAGACUGUGCUUAAAAGGGACUAUGACAGUUGGAUAAAUAGAUCAGGUGAAAAAUUCACCGAUUCUUGGUGAACUUGAUGUUUCAGGUUUGAAAGGGGCACAUGUAAAUUGAAAUAAAAUGUCUCUUGAUUCAAAAAUCAAAGGAUUGUGAGGUCGAAUUCUUGCUUGGGAUUUGCAAGGUGAGAGUCACACCUGAGGAGCUAGGGCCAGAUAAUCGUGUUAGCAGGAGGUAUAUCAGAUCUGAUACCCAGACGCAAGUGCAGAGUUGCUACCUCCGAUUAACCUACCGGUAAUUUUCACCACGUAAUGCCCGUUUGUGGUAACUGAUCGGAUUACAGCUGUACUGAUGAAAUAACCUAGAAAUUAUACCAAGAAUGCAAUAAUUGGCAUCUGCAAGUGUUUGCCUAAUACAAAGGAUGUCGUAGCAUCCAUGGACAUUGUGAUAUAAUUAAGGUGAUAGGCAGUGUAUAUCUUUACAUUAUUAUUCUAGAUAAGAUGCACUAUAUUGAAUAUAACUGUUUCACACUCGUAUUAUAAUGCCAUCAUGUGUUUGAGUUGUCAUCUAUAGUGUGUUUCAAAAGAAUGGCACAACUCGAUAAAGUCUAAAAUGGCUGGAAAGAUAGUCAGUAUUUGCUUCAAAUGGCUCAUCUUUGGUCUGCUUGGUUCGAUUUUUGUAAAUUAGUAUUUUCAGAUAGUUUUAGAUGAAAUAUGAAUUGAAAAGUUCUGAAAAAAGCAAAAUUUCUGUUUUUUUUGGGGAAGCCACAUCUAUGCUGACUACAUGUCAUAUUCCAUCAUGUAGUGAUAAUUCACAUUCAUCAUUCUACACGACAUGAAUAAUUAUGCAUGAUAUAUCGGUGUACAUAGUAGUUACACAAAGGUAAAAAACAUAUAGGCCCAGUGUGUACUUGUAUGUCAUAGGAUACCAGUGCUCUCCAAGGAUUUUUCUAAAGAGAGGUGGAAACAUCUGAAAUUUAUUGAAAAUGGUGGAUAUUCUAGGACGGGUGGCAGUGAGAAUUACUUAGUGGGUGGGUUCGGGGAUAUUCUUAUGUUAUGAACUGUAUCAAAGUGGAAAAGUUGCAAAAUUGGCAACUUCUGCUAUGGCUAAUGAACAUGGGUCCUUCCAUGACCACUCAUCUGUGUUGCCAUGGUUGCAGGCGGGGAUCCAAUAGUGGGGGGGGGGGGCAAUCCCACUGAGGACCUUGAUCAUGUUGGAUGUUGGUGUUACAAAUUAUAAACAAACUAUCUUGAAGUGAAAAGUGCCAAAUUAAAAAGACUUGUCUCGUCUUUUUAAUGCUUAUGUAGUCAAUUUUUCUUAUAAAUGUUUGUACAAUGUUAUUUUAUUUUAAGAUUUUUGUUUGAAUCCGCUUAUUGUCGACUCAUUCAUGUACAUAUAGUAAGCUGUUUCAUUCACCAAAAAUUUCAGUUUAUAUUGGCAUUAUCUUCUUAAAUUUACGUUUUGAAGUUGCUUAAGCUUUCUCCCGAAAAACAAAUGACACUGAUCAGAUUUACACACAUUCCUGUUUGGUAGUGUAAAACCACACUGCUUUUAUAGUGGGAGAUGGCGCUCUGGGAACAUCUUGUCAUAUUAAGUUCUUCAGUGCAAAUGUUUUCAUAUAUAUAUAAUUGUGACAUUCAUGACACUUGGCUUAAUUUGAGUGCCACUUUGUAAUCUUGAAGAUUGUGAGAAAAUUCUAUUCUAGUUGACUUGGAAGACAAGCGUUGACAGGGUGUUUUGCGGUGUGAUUGAUGUUUGAGUUGCUUUGUAAUCUUAUUCGGGGUAAUUGUAUUUAGCUGUGUACAUAGCGUGUACAUGUUUAUGUAGAAUAAUUACACUAUAUAUCUGAAAGA